AUGCUUCACUCGACCACUCUAGCAAGUCUUUUGCUCGUCGCAGAUCUCAUCUCUGCAGCUUCUCACCCUCUACCCCCAACUGUCCAUCUCUCCUCAGGCACAAUCUUGGGAAACACAUGCAAACACACUCCAGUCAAACAAUUUCAAGGCGUUCCAUACGCUCAUCCACCCGUCGGCCAUCGAAGGUUUAUGCCCCCAGAACUAUUCAACGGUCGAUACCCAAACGGAUACUUAGAUGCGACAAAACCACCACCCGCAUGUAUCCAAUGGGGAUCCGCAUUCGACGUGACAGACACUCCCCUAUCAGAAGACUGUUUAUACCUCGAUGUCUACGUCCCUCCACACGCAACGUUCAAAUCAUCUCUCCCCGUCAAAGUCUUCGCCUACGGCGGCGGCAACGACGGAGGAGCCAUCACUUACCCUCUCUACGACUCCUGUAACCUAGCCACAGACGCCAUCGUAGUCAAAUUCAACUACCGAUUAGGUCCUCUCGGCUUCCUAGCACUACCAGACGCCGGUAUCAGGGGUAACAUGGCUAUCCAGGACUAUCUCGCUGCUCUCACUUGGGUGAAACACAACAUCAAAGCCUUCGGGGGUGACUCGACCAAAGUGAUGCUCUUCGGCCAGAGUGCCGGCGCAGAUGAUACAUUUGUGGUCUCGACACUACCCGAGGCAAAGCAUUUGAUCUCUGCUGCGGUGAUGGAGUCUGGAGGAGGCCAAGAUGUAGCUCCUUACAAGACAGCCACGUAUACGGGGAAAAGUUACGCAAAGACGCUCAACUGCCGUUCAGACGAUGUAAGUCCACACCCUUCUCUCAAUAUGAAGCCCUUCAAACUGACAAUGCCACCUGUUUAG